AGGGUUCAGAGGAGGGAGAGGCGGCUGCCCGGGAGAACCAGGAGCCCUGGACGUGGGCCAGCCCUGUGGGAUGGGACCAGCCAGGACCUUGGAGCAGGGAGCUGCCGGCUCUAGAGAGCCUGGAGGCACCGGGCCCUGGGGGGGAACAGGAGGCGGUGGAGGCGGGACCAAGCAGGACAGAAGGCGGAAGCCAAGAGGAGCCAGGUGGCCGGGAGCCGGGCGGGCCGGGGGGCGGGGAGAUGGCGGCCCCCGAGGUGGAGUUCGGGAGGAGGAGAGAGAAGCAGGGAGCGAGCCUGGAAGCAGACUCCAAAGGGGAGUUGCAGGAGGGCGAGAGUAGACAGUACUCAAGGAAGCGGGGUGACCAGCAUCCCGGCACGUUCCGGGAAAGGUACUGGGAGAGGUCCCAGGAGCGCUACCGGGAGAAGUCUGUGAAGCUAAAGCUCAAGAGUAAGAUCGAGGAGAAGUAUCGGCUGGAGAAGAAGCCCAACCGGCUGAAUUUUCCGAGGCUGGGGGAAGCCGAGGACAACGAGGUUAACAAAGAAGAUUUCUUCAUCCCGACUCCGGGCCGGCGGCCCACGAUCAGAUUCAGUCUCCAGCCCAGAACUCGCCAACUGUCGCAGCUGUCCGCCUUCUGCGUCCCUUCGAACAGUGUCAUCAACGAGCUGGCGAAGAUGGGCGACCCGGAUGUCCUGGAAAUGGUGCAAGAGGAAGAGAGAAAAUCCAGUAGAGAAGCAGACCGCUGUUUUGAAAUAGCUGAGGACCUGAGCAGCAAAGAGUCCAGCUUUCUCAUCAAUGAAGAACCAGUGUCUGCAAAGCGAUACAAUUUGUUCCUGAGGCGGCGUCUUAUGUUUAAAAAAGAUGAACAAAGCAAAGAUUCUAUCUUCUUCCGGGAUGGGAUCAGGCAGAUUGAUUUUGUGCUUUCCUAUGUUGAUGACAUAAAGAAAGAAGCAGAACUGAAGGCGAUGAGAAGAAAAGAGUUUGAACAAAAUCUCAGAAAAACAGGUCUUGAGUUGGAAGUUGAAGAUAAAAUGAACUCUGAAGACGGAAGAACUUAUUUUGUGAAGAUCCAUGCCCCUUGGGAGGUAUUAGUUACUUAUGCUGAAGUGUUGGGAAUCAAAAUGCCUAUUAAGGAGAGUGAUAUUCCCCGAGUCCAGAGAUUGCCUUUUAGCUGUGUGCUCGGGCCUCUGAAGCUCCCCAAGAACGUGAAGCAUCCGCAUCCCGAAUAUUUCACUGCCCAGUUCACCAGACAUCGGCAGGAGCUCUUCCUCAUUGAAAAUGAAUCAAGCUUCUUUCCAUCCUCAGCAAGAAACAGAAUUGUUUAUUAUAUUCUCUCACGGUGUCCUUUUGGCAUAGAAGAUGGGAAGAAAAGGUUUGGGAUUGAAAGACUGCUAAAUUCUCACACUUAUUCAGCUGCCUUUCCACUCCAUGAUGGUCAAUACUGGAAGCCAUCAGAACCUCCUAAUCCUGUCAAUGAAAGGUACAUACUUUGCCAGAACUGGGCUCGGUUUUCCUAUUUUUACAAGGAGCAGCCUUUUAAUUUGAUUAGGGAUUAUUAUGGAGAAAAAAUUGGCAUCUAUUUUGUCUUUCUUGGAUUUUACACAGAAAUGCUAUUUUUUGCAGCAAUAGUUGGCUUAGUUUGUUUUAUUUAUGGCUUAUUCUCAAUGCAUGAUAACUUAAGCAGCACUGAGAUCUGUGACCCUGAGAUUGGAGGUCAGAUUAUCAUGUGCCCACUCUGUGAUCUGAUGUGUGACUAUUGGAGACUCAAUUCCACGUGUUUGGCUUCAAAGUUCUCCCACUUAUUUGACAAUGAGUCAACAGUGUUCUUUGCAAUAUUCAUGGGAAUUUGGGUCACAUUAUUUUUGGAGUUUUGGAAACAGCGACAAGCCAGACUAGAAUAUGAGUGGGACCUGGUGGACUUUGAAGAGGAGCAGCAGCAGCUUCAGCUGAGACCUGAAUUUGAAGCUAUGUGUACACACAGGAAAAUGAAUCCAGUGACUAAGGAGAUGGAACCUUAUUUGCCUCUGUGUAACAGUAUCCCAUGGUACUUUUUAUCGGGAGCCACCGUGACAUUAUGGAUGUCUCUGGUCGUCGCGUGCAUGGUGGCUAUGAUUGUAUACCGCCUGUCAGUCUUUGCUACAUUUGCUAGCUUCAUGGAAAGUGAAGCAUCCUUAAAGCAAGUCAAAAGUGUCCUCACUCCCCAGAUAACCACAUCUCUCACUGGGUCAUGUUUGAACUUCAUUGUCAUCUUGAUCUUGAAUUUCUUUUAUGAAAGGAUAUCAGCCUGGAUUACAAAAAUGGAGAUUCCUCGAACUCACCAGGAGUAUGAAAGCAGUCUUACCUUGAAAAUGUUCCUGUUUCAGUUUGUAAAUUUUUACUCGUCCUGCUUCUACGUCGCUUUCUUUAAAGGGAAGUUCGUGGGCUAUCCCGGAAAAUAUACAUAUUUGUUUAACGUGUGGAGAAGUGAAGAGUGUGAUCCUGCAGGCUGUCUAAUAGAAUUGACAACUCAGUUGAUCAUCAUAAUGACUGGGAAACAGAUCUUUGGAAAUGUUAAGGAAGCCAUUUAUCCCUUGAUUCUGAAUUGGUGGAGACGCCGAAAAGCUCGAACCAACUCGGAAAAGCUAUACAGUCGAUGGGAGCAGGACCAUGACCUUGAAACUUUUGGUUCUCUUGGGCUAUUCUAUGAGUACUUGGAAACAGUUAUCCAGUUUGGAUUUGUCACAUUAUUUGUGGCCUCUUUUCCUUUGGCUCCUCUUCUUGCUCUCUUGAAUAACAUUAUAGAGAUUCGAGUGGAUGCCUGGAAGCUUACUACUCAGUACAGGAGACCUGUAGCUGCUAAGGCUCAUAGCAUAGGUGUUUGGCAAGACAUUCUUUAUGGAAUGGCUGUCCUUUCUGUUGCAACUAAUGCUUUUAUUGUUGCAUUUACAUCAGACAUGAUUCCCCGUUUAGUUUACUACUAUGCCUACUCAACCGAAACCAUGCAGCCAAUGAAAGGGUAUGUCAACAACAGCCUGUCAACAUUCCUGAUAGCCGAUUUUCCAAACUACACUGUACCUUCAGAGAAGCGAGACUUCACCACAUGCAGGUACAGAGAUUACAGAAAUCCUCCUGACCACGAGGACAAAUACUUUCAUAAUAUGCAGUACUGGCACGUCCUUGCUGCCAAGAUGACAUUCAUCAUCAUUAUGGAGCACGUUGUGUUUUUAGUGAAAUUUUUGUUGGCCUGGAUGAUCCCUGAUGUUCCAAAAGAUGUUCUGGAAAGAAUCAAGCGAGAAAAGUUAAUGACUGUCAAAAUUCUCCAUGAUUUUGAGCUUAACAAACUAAAAGAGAACUUGAGGAUUAAUUCAAGUGAAUUUGCCAAGCAUGUCAUUAUUCAGGAAAACAAAGUACAUCUUGCUAAAUCAUCAGUCUAAUCAACAUAACGAGCAAGCAGCUAGUUGCCUAUCUGGCUUCAUGAUUUUCCCUGGGUUUGGGGCCAGAAGUCAGAAGCCAUGUGUCACUUGUACCCUUUCUUCUUUUUUUUUUUUUUUUCAACUCAAAAUUCUUGUAUAGUUUUAUAGAGAUCACUUAGUAGAGGUUGGAAGAAUACCUUUUGUCUGCUUCAUUGGCUGGGCCCUCCCCAGGUAUCAUUUUCUGAGGUUCUGUAAAUGAUUGUUAAAUGUAUGUGUGAAAUCAGAAUAUUGGAAAAUCAUGGGAUGUUACAGUUUAAAAGUAAACACUGGGUAUGGGCUGUCCCAUCACCUUCCAGUGCAGCUGCACAUUUUCUUGGUUUUCUUUCUAUGGGUUAUUUUGUAUCUCCUUCCCAUCAAAAAAAGAAGAGGUCUACUGAACCAUACAUAUAUCCUGCCAUUUUAGACUAUGCAGAUGAAAAACCAGAAUCAGAUGACAUAAGAAAACUCACAUAUUAAAAAUAUUGGUUAAAAUAUAUUUGUUCCCCAAGUCAUCCUGCAUAAGGUAAAUUUCCAUCAGAAUUCCAAAUAGUCCUUCCAGGUAAAUACAAAAUUGAUUUUUCAAGAGAUUGAACAUUUGGAUUUCAGUAAAAGACUUAACAACUCAGUUCUUUUUAUAUAACAUUUUGGUAAAAAAUUGUUUUAAGACUGGACUGUCUUAUCUGGGAAAUAGCAUUGAGAAGGUGUUAGAUUGUUUCAGCCCUUCAAGUAAAUGAAAGGUAUUAUAGAGGAAUUAAUGUAUCUUCCUAGUAAUUAGUGAUUGAUAGACAAUGUAUGUUGAUUAAUUUAUUGACUUCAAUCUAAAAAAAUUGUUGAUUUUUUAAAAUCAUUUUUCUUCCACAAUGUCUCUUUUGCAUCAUGAAGCCUAGUUGAGCAUUAACUAUUUGUAUCAGUUAGGUACAAGUUGUUUAUGAAAUUUUAUCUUGUUUAAAGUAGUCUCAAAUCUUUUCAUGAGUUUACAGUCUUUUCUAUUGAUACACCUCUGUACAGUACUCAGUGCCUUGUUCCUAUGCCUUUGACCCACAAGAUGUGGUUGUACUGGUGAUUUGAUGUGAUAUAACAUCUCAGAUGUGAGCUUGCUUUAGAGAAAUUAUAAGUUUAACAUCAAUAACAGAGUUUAACACCAAAUGUGGAUCCAAGUAAAAAUGAGGUGAUGGAUUUGAUAUCUGAGUAAAAAAUGCAUAUACGUAUUUUUCAAAUUAUUUCUCUCAUACUUAGGCCUAUGGAACAGGUACCCCAGUUCUUGUUUUUCUUUCCCUUAACAAUACUUAGUAUAUAUUUUAACACCAUAGAGACAUGCAGUUUAAUUAUAUAACAUUUAAAUCUCUAGUUUCAAAUUACAUUUCAGUUUCAAAAGAAUAGUGUUUGUUAAUUGUACACAAAAGAAGAAACCUUAUUACAAGAUUUUUUUAAAAAGUGAUAUUUCAUUAUUUGAUCCUAAUAUGUUUUUUACAAAAUUUUCAGUAUUAAGUGUAUGGCAGAUAGUAUUAACUAGUGAUCAAUAUUAAACAUUUAGAACUGAGGAUUAUGAAUUUUAUGAAACCAUGAGACAGUUACCCCAAUAUUGGCAGUAAUGAUUUGUCAUCCACUAGGUCAAUUUUAUGAACAUUUUUUGCAUAAUUUGAAAUGAUCUCACUAUUAAAGGAUGAUUUCACAUGUGAAGGAGACAUAUGUUCUUGCUUGAGAGAAACAGUCAGUGUUAACUAUGAAAUUAGCCACAGAUGCAGUAUCUUUGGCUUGUCAAAUCAAACUCUAUGUUACUAAGAUGUUGUACAUUUUGCAUAGCUCAUAUUGUUUCCUUCCUGGGUGCUAAUAAAAAUAAGGAAGAGCAUGGAAAUUGGUUUCUUGGAUAUAAGUUUUAAUUUUUAUGGCUUAAUGUUGUUUAUAGAGCUAGACUGUAAGAUAAAUAAAGACAAAUUUAAUUCAUGAA